AUGCCGUGCCCAAAGCGCAUACUCGGGACUUCGACGCGAUCCGCGCCCACCACCUCGGCCGCUGGUAUGCGAAGACCCUGGCUCAAGUACGAGCAUGGCCGCAUCAGGAGGUACCUGAACACUAUCGCCGACACCACGAAAAAAGCACGCAGCAUCAUCGUUUUCAACAGAAUCAAGUCUAUCGACAGGUUGCUCAACGCCCGAAAAUGGACCUUGAGCCGCGCCAUGCGUGAUCAUCGGCCCGAGUUCGAAGCUGUCGCGUAUGCAAUGGUCUGCGAGCUGAGAGCAGCCAGGCGAGCCCAGCAGUGGCACAAGGCUUGGACGCUGGAGAGGAAACUGACCUCGACUGCCUCCAUGUUCCUGGUGUCGCAAGCCACCCCUCUGUCUACAGCAUGCCAUAAGUUCACCGACAGGGAUGACGAGAGAAUGACAGAGAUAUCCAUGUCACGCAUGGCCGAAUGGAACGACUCGUACCAGCACAUGUACGAUGAAGACAUGGAAACCAGAAAGCGGAUGAAUUUGGUCAAGCGCUACUGGGUCGUCUUCAACAGCUCGGUACAUGAGAAGCCAUGGAAAGGUAAAGCCGUCGUCUUCACGGCCAAAUCACCGACCACCGACGCCAAAGAGAUCAUCGUCAUACGACACGACCAGUCGACGCCCCCAUCUCCCCUCUGGCCUCGCGUUUGGAGGCCUGUAGUGCUUGGAGGUAUCGAAAACCCCGCUGGAUUGAACUCGGACGGGGUGGCACAUAAGAUCAAGCAACGGGCAAUUCGAACACCUGGCGGGACGGCAGGGAGCGAGAAUCAACGGCAGUUCUUGCCCGCCGUGCAUGCCAUCUCCGACGUACGUGAGGCAUGA